UGGGGAGGGCAACCAGAGCCCUGGGGCCAGAGUCUGAGCGUGGCCUCCCCUGGAGUCAGAGUCCAAGCUGUGGUUGUCGCCAGCUCCUGUCUUCUGAGGGGCCCCGCCCGUCAUGCCAAGGUAAAGCAGAGUAGCUCAGUGCUGAACAUGCUAAGGAGGCUGGACAGGAUCCGGUUCAGAGGUCACAAGAGAGAUGACUUCCUUGACCUAGCGGAGUCCCCAAAUGCCUCGGACACUGAAUGCGGAGACGAGGUUCCCCUGAAGAUACCUCGGACCUCGCCCCGGGACAGCGAGGAGCUGCGGGACCCUGCCGGUCCAGGGACCCUCAUCAUGGCUGCAGGAGUCCAGGACUUUAACCGGACGGAGUUCGAUCGCCUGAACGAGAUCAAAGGUCACCUGGAAAUCGCCUUACUGGAAAAGCACUUCCUACAGGAGGAGCUGCGGAAGCUGCGAGAAGAGACCAACUCGGAGAUGCUGCGGCAAGAGCUGGACCGCGAGCGGCAGCGCAGGCUGGAGCUGGAGCAGAAGGUGCAGGAGGUGCUGAAGGCCAGAACCGAGGAGCAGACGGCUCAGCAGCCCCUGAAAGGGCAGGCCCCAGCCAGCAAUGGAGCAGACCGGCCCAGCCAGGGACUGUCCUCCCGUGUACAGAAGUGGUUCUACGAGCGGUUUGGGGAGUACGUGGAGGACUUCCGGUUUCAGCCCGAGGAGAGCACCGUGGAGACAGAGGAGCCCCUCAGUGCCCGCAGGUUAACGGAGAACAUGAGACGGCUGAAGCGCGGUGCCAAGCCGGUCACCAGCUUUGUGAAGAACCUCUCUGCCUUAUCUGACUGGCACUCCGUCUACACGUCUGCCAUCGCCUUUACCGUGUACAUGAACGCCGUGUGGCACGGCUGGGCCAUCCCCAUGUUCCUGUUUCUCGCAAUUCUGAGGUUGUCCCUCAAUUACCUCAUCGCCAGGGGCUGGAGGAUCCAGUGGAGCAUCGUGCCCGAGGUGUCCGAAGCUGUGGAGCCUCCGAAGGAAGACCUGACCGUAUCCGAGAAGUUCCAGCUGGUGCUCGAUGUCGCCCAGAAAGCCCAGAACCUCUUCGGCAAGAUGGCCGACAUCCUGGAGAAGAUCCGGAACCUGUUCACCUGGGUGCAGCCGGAGAUCACGCAGAAGCUGUACGUGGCGCUGUGGGCCGCCUUCCUGGCCUCCUGCUUCUUCCCCUACCGCCUGGUGGGACUGGCCCUCGGCCUCUACGCGGGCAUCAAAUUCUUCCUCAUCGAUUUCGUCUUUAAGCGCUGCCCGAGGCUGCGCUCCAAGUACGACACGCCCUACAUCAUCUGGAAGAGCCUGCCCACCGACCCCCAGCUCAAGGAGCGCUCUAGUGCCGCCACCGUGUCGCGCAGGUUGCAGACGGCCUCUUCACGCAGCUGCGUGUCCAGCGCGCCGGCGGGGCUGAGCAGGGACGAGGACGCUGGGCGCCUCCACAGCACCAAGAGGGGCAACUUCCACGAGAUCUUCAACCUGACGGAGAACGAGCGUCCGCUGGCAGCCUGCGAGAACGGCUGGCGCUGCUGCCUGAUAAACAGAGACCGGAAGAUGCCCACGGACUACAUCAGGAACGGCGUGCUGUAUGUGACGGAAAAUUACCUGUGCUUCGAGAGCUCCAAAUCCGGGUCUUCCAAGAGAAACAAGGUCAUCAAACUGCUGGAUAUCACCGACAUCCAGAAGUACAAGGUCCUAUCUGUCCUUCCGGGCUCAGGCAUGGGGAUCGCCGUAUCAACACCAUCAACCCAAAAACCGCUGGUGUUCGGCGCCAUGGUGCACAGAGACGAGGCCUUCGAGACCAUCUUCGGCCAGUACAUGAAGGUCACGUCUGCAGCGGCCAGUGGCGACAGCUAGUGCCGGCUUCCCCGGGACGCUGCGGGCACUUCCCAGCACCGAGAGGGAAGAACCUGGACGUCCUCGUGACCUCGCAAUAACUCGUCGGCCUGUGGUUUCUCACGUGUGGACCCUGCGCUUGACGGACCCCUUCAUGGAGGGGCUGGGCUCGCGAGGAUGGCGCCCGGCCGCCUCCGGCCUGCUGGCGUGUGAGGGUCCGCUAAUGGACGCCUGUGGAUGCAGGAGGGCACGGGAUACUUAGUGGCCUGUCAAGAGGAGGACAUGCAGUAUGCUAGCCGCCCCUGCCCUGCCGGGCACAUCUCACCCUCCAUCCAACCCGGGUAGAGAUGGACACCGCCAUCCAGGGCUUGUGGCACCCGGUCCCCCACUCUGAGGCCAGGAGCUUUUCCAACACCAAAGCCAUACCCGAGGAGCACUACGGGCCCUCCUGGGACUCGGGGUGCAGUGGGUUUUGGCUCGGGCCCUUUGUCAGCCUCCAAGGAUGUGGUCACUCCCACCUCCUGGCAAGACCUCCGCGUUCAUCCUGGGGGCCAGGGUGCAGCCUCCAAGGCCUCUGUGCUCAGCCCUUCUGGGAGCAGCGAGGGCUGGUGGGAGGGGCACCCUGUCAUGGAAUGACCCAUCGCUGUGUCACCUGGCCCCGGCCAGGAGGGCUGCGGGGUGACCGCUAGGACGGGUGGCCUGUAGAGAAAGCACAUCUUUUUGGCCUUUGGUUCUGAAAGCCCUGGGAGCAGCUAGGGAGGCCCCGAGCUGUGGCUACUCCCAGAUGGGGCCAGCCUGACCUGGCUGGUGCUCUGACCAGCUGCGGCCUCCCUGGUUGUUGCUGGGGACAGCAGGAGCCUCCUGGUGGCCCAGGCUGCAGACACCCUGCCUGGCGGCAGCUCUGGCAAACCACUAUGAGCAGAGCCAGAGGUCUGGGGCCAGAGCGCUCCCACCAGACACCCAAUAGUAUUCCUUGCCCAGAGCGAACGCCGGUCUGCGCACAAACCCUCCUGGCCUCGCCGGGCUGCCCCUCAGGGGCUGGGCUCCAGGAAAUAUGUUCCCUAGGACAAGGGGCCCUGAAGGCGCCGCAGGGGUGGCUUGUAGGCCUGGUCUCUGCCGCGACAUCUGGCCUGGCUCGGAGAUGAGGCAGUGGUGGCUUAGGAUCAGGACGGGCCUGUGACCUCUUGGCAGGCAGGUCUUUUCCGGGCAAUUAUUCCCGUUCCUUCAGCUUGUCCCAAGUCUUUGGGUAUUGUUGAGAUUGUUGUUUUUUUGAAGAAACAGAAGAUUAUAUUUUUUACAGAGAGCGAGCUGUUUCCUUAUUUUUGUAUCAUUUUUCAGAUGUAAUUUCUACCUUCGCUCCGACCCUCAUUGCUGGUUGGUGAGACCUGGUGGCAGAGGCUGGUCACCCCUUCGAGGGGCAGGGGUCUGCAGGUGUGCAGGCUGCUUCGGGGCCAGCCACACUGACCAGCCAGAUUAAGCACACACCCCGCCCCAGCUGGUGGCCCGCAGGCUCACAGCUACACGUGUGGUAGCAUUCCUGUGACCGCACUUCGGAAGUGCAGGCAGAACCCCCUCGAAACUGAGUGCCCGAGUGCUUGAGGCAGGGGCUGACUUGUUCCCAAGGACAGCUGUGGGUGACACAGUGAUGGUCCCACUUCUCCUGGGGACCCUGGCAGUGCCUGAGGGUGGGUUCCAGGGCCUCAGGGCGGGAUCCCGUCCCCAGGCAGAGUGGGUGGGGACCCUGCAGCAGAAUGUGGGUUCUUUAACAGAGUAGUGGUUUAGUUCGAGUCCCUUUUAAGGAGGAAGGGAGAUGAAAACUGACCACGUGCCACUGUGGCCACUGGGCUCCCCCCCCAGCAAGGGCCAAGGUGGGUGCGCAAGGGCCACUGAGCACCCUUGGGCAGCCGGGAGUGGGGGGCUUGGGCUCCCGGCUGGAGAGGACUCAUAGUUUGUAUUGAAUUGUGUAAAUCGGGGCAGAUAUUUAAUUUCUACAACUAACCCUGGACUAGGAUGAAUGUUAACUUUUUUACGUCUAUUUUGGAGCUGUAAAUAAUCGUUAGAGUGUAACUCAUUCAGCAGAGAUUGUACUGUACGAGGAGCCGAUGAAAUCCCCUGUAACGUUUUUUUAAGAAAACUUUGUUUGUUUAAAGAAAAAAGUCUUGUAUAAAUUAUAAUUUUUAUUUAAAUAAACCUAAACCGCUUUGUGCUAAGGCUUGGGGUGCUCAACUUUCUGGGAGUGCCAUUAAGAAAGGAAGUGGGUGAAGGCUGCCGGGAGGGGUGAGUGCUGGCCUCAGCUUGGGGCAGGGCCGCAGGGCUGGGUUCAGAGGCUGCAGAAGGGCCAG